AUGGAAGCUACGGAGAGUGAAACCGGUGCAAAUCAUUUGAAAAAUGUUUUAUCCGAAGCAGAAAUCAAUAAUUUAUCCAACAAUGUCGUACAGAAAAUUAAUGACUAUAUCGAGUCAAAAUUUGAUGAAUAUCUGACAGCAAAAGCUCUACAUGAAACCAGUAGAGUGCAACUAGGUGAAAAAAUCGCCGUUCUUGAAUCAGAAGUACUGGAAAAAACGGCCAAGUACGAAGAUGCGGCAAAGAAGUUGAUUACAGCAGAUGAAACUGUAGAAGAACUAGGCAAGCAAGUCGAAACCUUGAAAGCUGAACUUGAAAAAGCUCAUGAUAAAAUAACUCGAUUAGAAAAUGAAAUUAUAUCUCUGAAAAGUGCUAGAGAUUCAGCAGUUGAUGAAAGAAAUGACUUAACUCGUAUUUUGCAAAGGCGUGAUGCUGAAAUAGAAAGAUUGACGACUAAUGAUACUGCACUCUCGCAACAAUUACGAGCAGCUAUCGAUGCAAAAUGUGAAGCAUUGGCACUCAACGACGAAAUACAAAGCAAAGAAUUGUCUUUACAAUAUCGUGAAAAACGAAUAGAACAAGAAAGAACAUUGUUAAAUUCUCAAAUUGCUGGCUUAACAGAAGAAGUUAACAGGCUCACUUCUGAACUGCAAACAGUUAGACUAAACAACACAAGUAGACUGGUGAGCUUGGAAACACAAUUAGCUGAAAAGGUUGAAGAACUUAAUGCAGCUAAUGAAACCAUAGUCCAAUUAAAUGAAAUAAAAAAGAAUUUAAACGCUCGUGCAGAAAGUCUAGCCCAGAGGCUGGUAGAACAGAGAGAUAUAGAGAACAAAAUGACAGACAAUUUUAAAAAGGAAUUGGAUGCAAAAACGAAGUUAGCAGAUUUAUUCAAAACAAUGCAUGAUGAUGCUGAAUCUAAAACACACGAAUUAACAGAAGGGAUAUCAGAAUUACAAAAAUUAUUAAAUGAAGCCACUGAUAAAUAUGGAGAGUUAGAAACUAAAUACAAGCAGGCAGAAGUAGAUCAUGAAGAAAUGAUGGAAAAGAAAAAUGAAGUAAUAUCUUCUUUGAAAAACGAAAUAGAACAUGCGAAUGAUUUAUUAAAAGCUGCUAAUGCUCACAAUCUUGACAUGGCUUUGAGUGAUUUAGCACCAUCCGCUGCAACUGCAAGCAAAUUAUUAAAAUCUGGAAUGUCACUGACACAAAUAUAUUCACAAUUAGUAAAAGUGUCUGAUGAAUUAAACCAGGAAAAAGAAGAGAACAGAAGACUCAACAUUACUAUUAAUACCAUUGUACAAGAAUUAGAAGAGAAAGCACCAUUAUUGCAAAAACAAAAAGCUGAAUAUGAAGAAGCUUUAGAGAGCAAUGCGGCUUUGUCACAGCAAAUCGAUUCCUUGGUCAUGGAGUGUAACCGGCUAAGAGAUGAUUAUAAUGAAACUUCAAAGAUAGCUAAUCACUACAAUCGUGAAAAUACAAAAUUGAAGGGAGAGUUAGCUGACUUAGGUAGACAAGUUUGUUUCUUACUAAAGGAAAUAGAACAUGUUCGUGGUGGUCUUGUGCCUAAUGGUGACCAUGAUUUAUCAAAUAAUGCAUCCAAUAUAUCUAAUUCGUCUGACAUUAGCUCAUCUAGAAUAAUAUCGAAGACAUUAGUCACUUUCACCGACAUUCAAGAACUACAAUCAAACAAUCAAAAACUUUUACGUUUAGUACGAGAUCUUACAGAAAAACAAGAAGAAUUUGAACGUCACAAAGAACAGUUUGAAAGUGGUGAAAUGCAAACCAAAAUAGAAUCAUUGAAAAACAGGGUUACUGAAUUAACUGAAGCUCAGGAUCGUCAAACAAAAAUGGUUAACGGACUAAUUCGACAACGGGAUAUGUUUAAAAAACUAUACCAUGAUCAUAUGAAAGGAAAGCGAUGCGAAACUUCUGCUCUAGAAACUCUUGAGUUGGAAAAAAGUGGAUCUUUUACAAUGGAUACAUCAUCCGAGGAUAUUAGUAAACCAAUUGAAAAAGUUCCGUUUGAAAUAAAAUACAGAGAGGCCGAAAAGCAUUUACAACUUCUAAAAGAAGAAUUUAAAACGUAUAAAGAAGAGAAAAUCACUAAUGAGAGGAUGCUUUAUGAACAAAUUGACAACAUGAGACAAGAAAUUUCGAAACUGACUACAGCCAACAGUAAAUGUGCUUCUACAUCUGAAUACAAUAAUGAACGAUUAAAGAUAUUGCAAACUAAUGUUGCUACAUAUAAGAAACAAAUUGCCUCACUCGAAGAUAAAAACAAGGCAUAUAAUGCUACUAUUGCAAAGCAUGAAGUUUCUCUUCAACAUCUGCGUGAUGAAGCUCUAAACGCCCAAAGCAAAUUAGCAGCUGCAGAAAUACAAUUGGAAAAUUUGAAACUAGAAUGUAAAUUAAUCAAAGAUGCUGAAAUACGUCUUCAAACUGAAAAAGAAGUAUUAAAUCGCGAAAGACAAGGUCAGUCAUUGUUACUAAAAAAUUUAGAACUAAUUAAAGCCAGUCUUGAACGAGUUGAAGCCGAAAAUCGAGCGAAAAUAGAAACAAGAUUGGAUGAAGCUACUAGAGAAUGUUCUGCUUUAAGACGCCGACUGCAAGAAGAACAAGAUAGAUUUAGAGAAUUAGCAGCUCAUCUUGAGCGACAAACUGAAAUUGCUAAAACACGUAUGCAGGAAGAAAAAGAAGCAGCAGAUGUUUUGAGGAAGGAAAUUACGGAAAUGAGACAAGAUUGCGUUGAAAAAAAUAAAAUCAAUGAAGAUUUGAUGAAAAAAUUGAAAUUUGCACUUGCUCCUAAUACAGAUGGUUCUUUUGACACCGUCAAAAAAAUAAAGGAGUUAGAAAAUAAAUUAAUAGAUAAACAAAAUGAAAUUCAGUCACUAAAAGAACAACUGAAUGUUGCUAAAGAACAUAUUAAACAAUAUUGUGACAUCUCAGAAGGGGCAGAAAAAGAACUUAAAACACUGAACAAAGAAUAUCAGGCAUAUAAAACUGAGUCCGAAAACAAAUUUUUAGAUUACAAUAGUAAAAUACAGCAACUUCAAGAAAAAUGUUCCGAAUUAGAAGCUGAACUGUCGCUUCAUGCUAAUGGAGAACACUCGAAUAGUAACAUUGCUUUGAAAACAGAAUUAUCAAAUGCUAAAGAAGAACUGAAAACUGCAUUAGUAAAUGUUGAUAAUUAUCGUACGGAGCUCGACAAAGCUCGCGAAGAAGUAUCUAAGUUGUCGAAUGCAGUACAAAAAGCUGAAGAAAAAUAUACACAUGAAAUGAUUCUUCAUUCUACUGAUAUUCAAACAUUGACUCAAGUAAAAGAAGAGUUGUCCAGAGCACAAAACCAACUUAAUGAAUUGGUAGCGUUCAAUAAUAGCACAAUCGAAAAACUACAAACUGAAAAAUCUUCUUGGUUAGAGAGACAGAAAAUACUAACUAGUGAAAAUGAACAGCUUACUCACAGACUCAAAGAUCUUAAUGAUCAAAACUCUCUGUUACAUGAUCAAAUUCAAGCUUUAGGGACUCAAUUAUCAGUUACACAUGCGUCUAAAUCACAAUCAGAAAGCAUAAACGAAUCUGGUAAUGAUUCUAAUAUGAAUCUAUCAAUCAAUGAAGAUGACAUAAAAUCAUCAGAGCAAUUAUAUCAAAUUGUAAAAUUCCUAAGAAAAGAAAAAGACAUUGCAAUGGCUAAAUUUGAUAUUUUGCAAGCUGAAACUAUGCGACUUAAAUCACAAUUAGAAAUAGCAGAAAAGCAAUUGGAUGAAGCUAAGUUAACGUUAGCAACCGAAAGGGAGAAGUCUGAAGUAAGCAUUGUGACUGUUAAUAAACAAUCUGAUAUUUUAAGAAAAGUUGAAACUUUGAAUGCUUUAACGGACAGCAAUCGAAUAUUAAGAGAAGAAAGAGACGCAUUAUCUCGUCGCGUUGAAGAUCUCACUGCUGUCACAAAGGCCUUAGAAGAUCAGCUAAGUCCAUUACAGGAAAGUAAUUCCGAUUUAAUUUCUAAGAAUGAAACCUUGCAGUCAGAAAAUAAUGCUUUAAAAGCAGACUGUGCCAGGUGGCGAACAAGAGUUAAUGCUCUAGUCGAACGGGCCAAUAAGACGAGCCCAGAAGAUUGGAAACGUCUGCAAAACGAGAGAGAAACUUUGGCUAAAAUGCUUACAAAUGAAAAAGAAAACGUGCGUAAAUUAAAUGAAGAACUGGGGUCUCUUAAAGCCGACAGAAAUAAAAUUGAAGAACAAUAUACUAUGCUUUCUCGACAGCAAAAUAAUCUUGUUGAAGAAAACAGAAAACUGAGUGAAGAAAUACAAACACUUAAAGAUGACAUGUCUAAACUCACUGAAGAAUUAACUAAAGUGAAAACAGAACUAACUGCUGUAACUGAAGCAAAUAAUAAAUUGACUGAUGAAAUUUCCAACAAAGAUGCUUUACUGACUGAUAUCAGAAAUAAAGAAAUGCAAAUUAGAAAGAUAGCUAAAAAGUACAAGGCUCAAUACGAGGAAUUAGUAAAAUCAGUGGAGGAGGAAAAGAAAAAGGCUGAAGGUGAUGCAGCCGCUGCUGAUGCUGCAACAGAAAAUACAAAAAAAAUGGAAGAUCAGUUGUCUGAUCUUCAAUCUAAAUUAGAAACUGAAAAAUCAAACAAUGAAAAAUUAAAACAAGAACUCGAAACUCUUCGAUCUGUGAAUUUGGAUAAAGAAGAAAAAGCGAAACUAGUACUAAAGCAAGCUAAAAAUAAAAUUGUCCAGUUAACAGAGCAGAAAAAUUCUUUAACUAGGGAAUUGGAUGAAUCGCGUACUAAAAUCGGUGCAAUUGAACAAAGCACCAGAGAUGAACAAGACGUGCGCUUGGCGCUAAUAAAAUCUCAGUACGAAGGGCGUCUUACACGAUUAGAAAAAGAGCGCACUGAAGCACAAGCUGAAAAAACUAGAGAAGUUGAUGCACUACUGCAAAAAGUCAAUAUGUUGCAAAGGCAAUUAGCCAAUCAAGCUUCUGCAUCCAAACAACAAGCAACAGCCGAGAAGACCACAACGGAACCUCCAACUGCCAAUAUAAAACCAAUGGCUGGAAUCGCGCAACAAAGCGUGACUGCGAGCAGACGCGCAGGAGAAACGCCAUUAGCUUCGAUCCGUCCUAUGGCACAGGUUGGCCCUACGGCUCCACAUGAUGCGCACACUACCGAGUACAUGCCUGCAUCCUCAUCGCGGCCGCUCACGCGUGCCGCUCUUGCUGCGACUACGGCUCCACCGGAGUCUACUCAGGACAUGGAUACUGGUGAAGGGAGCAUGGGUAGUUCAGUAACAGCCGACAACGUGCAGCCAUCUUCCCAUUCCCAAGCACCGCAACAGGCGGUAGCGAUGGUCAUGCCACGAAUCGAGCAGCCGAGUGCCAUAGCUACCGGCUCAGCGGGCACGUCUCCCAGCUCUGCUGCGACCAGCGCCCCCACGCCUGCCUUGCCUCCUCCCGCACAAGGUACAAGCAGUGCGACGCCCAUUUCAGCAGCAACAUCGCAAACACCGGGCAGCGUGAGUACGUCACACGCCGCCCCCGGAGUGAGUACGUCACAAACGGCGGCCGGCGUGAGCACGUCGCAAGUGACGGCCGGGGUGAGCACGUCGCAGGCUGCGCCGGGCGUGAGCACAUCGCAGGCGGCGGCCAGUGUGUCGCCGCCGCCGCCCGGCGUCACCACCUCGCACCCGCCGCCCGACGCCCGUCCUCCCAAGCGCCGUCUUCAGCCCAGACCUACCGCCACAAAAAGAACAAGAGUCCAGGGAUUCGAAAGGUCUGUAGAAGUGGAAUAUCAAGUACCAACUUCAUCACGAUGCGAUCAAGACGACGAGGGUGUUAUUGUAGUAGACUCUGAGGAAGACGACGAACGCUGCACUGGUACCAUGUACAGAGAAGGUGAAGAGGAUGAAGAAGAUGUGGAAGAGGAACAGGAAGUGGAAGGCGCAGACGACGAAGAGGAAGUCGAGGGCGAUGACUCUGAGAAUACAGCACAACAGGAUUCACCUGUGCAGUCCCCAGAGGCGGGCGCCGAGCCCACCCCCGCGCCGCCCGCGCCCCCGCAGCAACAGAUCGAGGCCAUCAGCUCUGGAACCGAACCAAGUGGCGCCUUGUCUUUAGGAGGCAACGGUGCAGAUGAUGGCGAUGACAGUAUAGUUCCUUCAACACCUACGUUGUACGUGCCACGUAGAAAUGAUGGUUUCGGAGAGGCGGUGGUGUCGCCGGUGGGCGGCGCGGACGCUCGCUUCACGUUCUCCGAGGCGACGGGCGCCGACGCGGCCCCGCUGCAGCACCACGACACGCACGCCGACCUCGCGCCCGCCAUGCCGCCCGCCACCACCGACCCUCAUCAUCGGGGAGAAAGCAGCGAGACUAGGGAAUGGGAAGAAUCCCGUGGAGAGGAAGAGGCCGCUGCGGUGAGCUCACAGGGAAGCGAACCUUCAUCACCGCAUCAGCAGAUAGCAGAAGAAGGUCGCGAGGCGGAGGCUAGUGCACCGGCACGCCGCGCGCCCACGCGGUCUCCGCACUCUCCUCACUCCCACAAUCAACGAUGGAUGAGGGCUGCAGACAGCGAGAGUGGCGCACGUGGACGCGGUAUGCGAUCACGAGGACGGCCGUCAAGAAGACCUCACAACUACAUGAGGUUUUAAACGAUUCUAGAAUAAGCUAAAAACAAUAUCGAUUUUUAUAGCAUAAAUCUUGAUGUAGGUUCCAGAUAUAUAAAUUCAAUAACAAAUUUCGAAUUACUUUUAAUAUACGGAAAUGUAACUGCGGUGUUUAA